GCCCCAGCUGCAGCGGCGGCCAGGGCCAUGGGAAAGGUUGGGGCGAUGAAGGGCUGGGCACGCCGCCUUCCCCACCACCCCCAGGCUGUUUGCCCGAACACUCGGGGGGAGGGAGCGAGGAGGGACCGCACUUGUCCUCACGCCUGCACGCCUGGAGGGUGCCACCCCUGUCCCCUGCCCUGGAACGCCCACAGUCUGGCGAAGUGGCCUGGUGCAGGACCCCGAUGUCGCUUUUGAACAGCACCUGCACCUUGCAGCCAGCGAGCUACUGUAGUAGGCAUUGCCGACUCUGUUUGCAUACCGGAUGGGAGUGACAGUGUAAUAGAAAAAUAAGCAAGAAACCUUUUAGGUUACCUCCAGCUGCUGCCAUGCCCAACUCAGUGCUGUGGGCGGUGGACCUCUUCGGGAGAGUGUACACGCUGUCCACAGCCGGCCAGUACUGGGAGCUGUGCAAGGACUCCCAGCUAGAGUUCAAGCGCGUCAGCGCCACCACGCAGUGCUGCUGGGGCAUUGCCUGUGACAACCAGGUCUACGUGUAUGUGUGUGCCAGCGAUGUCCCCAUCCGCCGCCGAGAGGAGGCCUAUGAGAAUCAGCGCUGGAAUCCCGUGGGUGGCUUCUGUGAAAAACUCCUACUGAGUGACCGCUGGGCGUGGAGUGACGUGAGUGGGCUCCAGCACCGGCCGCUGGAUGGGGUGGCGCUGCCCUCGCCGCACUGGGAGUGGGAGUCUGACUGGUACGUGGAUGAAAAUUUUGGAGGCGAACCCACCGAGAAAGGGGGGUGGACCUACGCCAUCGACUUUCCCGCCACCUACACGAGAGACAAGAAGUGGAAUUCUUGUGUGCGGCGCCGAAAAUGGAUCCGGUACAGGAGAUACAAGUCCCGGGACAUCUGGGCCAAGAUCCCCUCGAAGGACGACCCCAAGGAGCUGCCCGACCCCUUCAAUGACCUCUCUGUAGGGGGCUGGGAGAUCACGGAGGAGCCUGUGGGCCGCCUGUCAGUGUGGGCUGUGUCUCUGCAGGGCAAGGUGUGGUACAGAGAGGACGUCAGCCACUCCAACCCCGAAGGGUCCUCCUGGUCCCUGCUGGACACCCCCGGGGAGGUGGUCCAGAUCAGCUGUGGGCCCCACGACCUCCUGUGGGCCACGCUCUGGGAGGGGCAGGCCCUGGUCCGGGAAGGAAUCAACAGGAGCAAUCCCAAAGGAAGUUCCUGGUCCGUUGUGGAGCCUCCUGGAUCUGAAAACGGGGUCAUGCACGUCUCGGUGGGAGUCAACGUGGUCUGGGCUGUCACCAAGGACCAGAAGGUAAGACGGGGAUGCUGCACGGGGUCCCUUGAAGGCUGUUUUCUCUUAUUGCAAGUAGCCUCUCUCUUCCAGGUGUGGGGCAUUGGCUGUGAGGACCGAGCUGUGUACUUCCGGCAGGGCGUCACCCCCAGCGAGCUCAGCGGGAAGACCUGGAAGGCCAUCGUCGCGGCCCGAGAGUGUGACCGGUCACACUCCGGCAGCUCGUCUAGUCUCCUCAGUGCCGGCUGCUUCUUCGGUGACGAGGUGAGGGGCAGUGGCGAAUCUGCCCCCAGCGACACCGAUGCCUCCUCAGAAGUUGAGAGACCGGGGCCUGGCCAGCCUCUCCCUGCAGAGCCUCUAGACGAUUCCAAGAAUCCCACAGGGAGCUCAGCCUCGGGCCCAGGGGCUGGCAGGACUGCAGAAGAUACCACGGAGGAUGGCUGCCCAGCCGAGGGCAGCGGGGCGGCCGGACCCGACACACACCCCGGCCCGGCCCCCACGCCGGCCGAGCUGCCCUGGACCAAUAUUGACCUCAAGGAGCCCAAGAAAGUGCCCAGCCACUCGGCCGCUGGCUUCCCCGAGACCACCAGCCUCUCCUCACUGGGGCUCCUCCCGCUGGGCUUGGAGGAGCCGUACGGGGUGGACGACCACCCGCUGUGGGCCUGGGUGUCGGGAGGCGGCUGCGUGGUGGAGGCAUGUGCCAUGCCCAGGUGGUUCACUGUCCAAGCGGGCCUGUCUCCCUCGGUGCAGACGCUGUCCCUGUCCAUCACGCCGGCCCAGACCGCCGCCUGGAGGAAGCAGAUCUUCCAGCAGCUCACAGAAAGGACCAAGCGGGAGCUGGAGAACUUCAGACACUACGAGCAGGCUGUGGAGCAGUCAGUGUGGGUGAAGACCGGGGCGCUGCAGUGGUGGUGCGACUGGAAGCCCCACAAGUGGGUGGACGUGCGCGUGGCCCUGGAGCAGUUCACGGGGCACGACGGCGCCCGGGACAGCAUCCUCUUCAUCUACUAUGUGGUCCACGAGGAGAAGAAGUACGCCCACAUAUUCCUGAACGAGGUGGUGGCGCUGGUCCCAGUGCUGAACGAGACCAAGCACUCCUUUGCCCUGUACACCCCCGAGCGGACACGGCAGAGGUGGCCGGUGCGUCUGGCUGCCGCCACCGAGCAGGACAUGAAUGACUGGCUCGCCCUGCUCAGCCUGUCCUGCUGCGAGAGCCGAAAGGUGCAGGGCCGCCCAUCCCCGCAGGCCAUCUGGUCCAUCACCUGCAAGGGGGACAUCUUCGUGAGCGAGCCCAGCCCGGACCUGGAGGCCCAUGAGCACCCCCUGCCCUGCGACCAGAUGUUCUGGCGGCAGAUGGGAGGCCACCUGCGGAUGGUGGAGGCCAACAGCCAGGGCGUGGUGUGGGGCAUCGGCUAUGACCACACGGCCUGGGUGUACACAGGUGGCUAUGGAGGUGGCUGCUUCCAAGGCCUGGCCAGCAGCACCAGUAACAUCUACACGCAGUCAGAUGUGAAGUGUGUUCACAUCUAUGAGAACCAGCGCUGGAACCCUGUCACAGGCUACACCAGCAGGGGUCUGCCUACGGACCGGUACAUGUGGAGCGAUGCCUCGGGGCUGCAGGAGUGCACCAAGGCUGGCACGAAACCCCCGUCCCUGCAGUGGGCCUGGGUUUCCGACUGGUUCGUGGAUUUCAGCGUCCCGGGGGGCACGGACCAGGAGGGGUGGCAGUACGCCAGCGACUUCCCUGCCUCAUACCAUGGGUCCAAAACGAUGAAGGAUUUUGUGAGGAGGAGGUGCUGGGCCAGAAAAUGCAAGCUGGUGACCAGCGGGCCCUGGCUGGAGGUGCCCCCCAUCGCCCUCAGGGACGUGUCCAUCAUCCCGGAGAGCCCGGAUGCCGAGCGGAGCGGGCACAGUAUUGCCCUCUGGGCCAUCAGUGACAAGGGGGAUGUGCUGUGCCGCCUGGGCGUGUCGGCGCUCAACCCCGCGGGCUCCUCCUGGCUGCACGUUGGCACUGACCAGCCCUUCGCCUCCAUCUCCAUCGGGGCCUGCUACCAGGUGUGGGCCGUGGCAAGGGACGGCUCCGCCUUCUACCGGGGCUCCGUGUACCCCUCGCAGCCGGCCGGUGACUGCUGGUACCACAUCCCAUCCCCGCCAAGACAGAGGCUGAAGCAGGUGUCCGUGGGGCAGACGUCGGUGUAUGCCCUGGAUGAGAACGGAAACCUGUGGUAUCGCCAGGGGAUCACGCCCAGCUACCCGCAGGGCUCCAGCUGGGAGCACGUGUCCAACAACGUGUGUCGAGUGUCCGUGGGGCCUCUGGACCAGGUCUGGGUGAUCGCCAACAAAGUGCAGGGCAGCCACAGCCUGAGCCGGGGGACGGUGUGUCAUCGCACGGGCGUGCAGCCCCACGAGCCCAAGGGCCAUGGCUGGGACUACGGCAUCGGGGGAGGCUGGGACCAUAUCUCUGUCCGGGCCAAUGCCACCAGGGCCCCCCGGAGCUCGUUCCAGGAGCAGGAGCCAAGUGCCCCGCCAGAGACCCAUGGCCCCGUCUGCUGCUGAGGCGCCCCCACGCACCUAGAUGCAGUGAUGGUGCCCGGUUUGGGCGAUCAAGACUGAGCCAUUCUUGUGCUGAAGUGUGUACUGUGAGAGCGAUGUCGCCCUGGUGGACUCUGGAGGGAACCUGGCCCCAAGGCUGCGGCCACUUCACAGGCACUGGUUGAGACGGCCCCGAAAUGUGAAGCUCCACGGACACUCCUGCACAUGUCCCCGUCUGCGAGGAGCCCUGGUGGUGUGGGGCAUGGGGUGGGAGGGGCCUCCCACCCUUCCCUUCCCCUCUCCCUCCUGCCUUUCCAGGACUAGAACCCAGAAUCUGGAGCCCUCCAGGAACACCGGGCCUGGGGCAGCAGAGCCCAGGAUGGAGCCUGCCUGAGCCGGCAUCUCAGACAGCACCCGGGCCCCGCCACCCCUGACCAAGCGAGACGGCUGUGGGGCUCAGGGCCUCUUUACCACAUGCAGUGACCAUUUCUCAGAGCAGGACUUGCAAAGAGGCUUUCAUUUCAAAAGUGAAGGAAGGAGGCCGGGCGCCGUGGCUCACGCCUGUAAUCCUAGCACUUUAGGAGGCUGAGGUGUGCAGAUCACCUGAGGUCAAGAGUUUUGAGACCAGACUGGCCAACAUGGUGGAACCCCAUCUCUACUAAAAAUACGAAAAAAAAAAAAAAUUAGCUGGGCAUGGUGGCGGGCACCUGUAAUCGCAGCUACUUGGAAGGCUGAGGCAGGAGAAUCGUUUGAACCCAGGAGGCGGAGGCUGCAGGGAGCUGAAAUCGUGCCGACGCCCUCCAGCCUGGGCGACAGAGUGAGACUCCAUCUCAAAAAAAAAAAAAGUGAAGGAAGGAGACAGCAGAUUGGAAAUAACACUGGAGUAGAUGGGAUUGGAUGGGAUGUUCUCUUCCCUGAGGGGGCCGGGGUACCAGACAGGAGGCUGGGAGAGGAUGAGAGGCUGCCCCGUGGCUGGAGGCAGUGUCCGUGUGCGCAGUCACCGUCACCAACCCCCUUUCGGCCCCUUCCCCAGACGUGCUGGCGGACAGGGGCUUCUUGGAUCAGAUCAUGUUGUAGGGGGUGCAGACUGCAGGCUUCUGCGGGGAGCAGGACUGUGUCCGUCAGCGGUGGCCAUGGGGUGUGCACACGGACCCUCAGCCCAUCCUGCACAUGGAGCAGGGCGCACAGUCACGCUCCAUCCUGUGGCGAGAGCCCGGCCCGGCCAGGCGAGGCAGAAAGCAUCGGCCAAGUGGCCCCGACCCAUCCAGCGGCCUCUCAGCUGCUUUUUAUCCCUCUGUGCCCCAUUUGGGGGUUUGCUUCCUCCACCUGGACACUUUGCCCGGGAGGUCAUCAGAGCCCAACCCCAGGCUCUGCCCGGUUGGAGAGGGGAUGACUGUGCCAUCACCUGACCUUCCUAGGGUCCUGGUCUCACUGUCAGCAGGGGGUCCGUUGUGUUUGUACAAGAUGGGGUUUGUCACCCAAAAGCUGAUGCUGAGAAAGGUCUCCCUGGGGCCCCGCCCGCCGGCAUCUGAGAGACCUGGUGUUCCGGUGUUUCUGGAAGUGGGUCGCAGUGCCGCCGGCUGGGAAGCUCUCAGAUCAAUCACGGGAAGGUCCUGACGGUGGCGGCCACCUGGAACCACCCUGUCCUGUCUGUUUACAUUUCUCUAUCAGGUUUUCUUUGGGCAUUACGGUUUGUUCCCCUACAACAGUGACCUGUGCAUUCUGCUGUGGCCUGCUGUGUCUGCACGUGGCUCUCAGUGAGGUACGGGGAGGGCGUCACCCUGCAGAACGGCAGAGCGACGCGUCCUCUCGCUGCUGAGCACCAACUGUUUACCUGCCCAGCAUCACUUCCUCAGAUGCUUUACUCAAUAAACAUUUCCCCUGGAGUGUCCAUGCCCUGGUGUUUUUAUCGAUAACAUUGAUUGAUUAAAACGUGUGGUUCCCCACGUGCCUGAAGCAGA